AAAACGUUGCAUUUGAUACAGUGAAAGCAUCGACGUUUUAAAGGUAGCUGUUUUUCGAUUACCGAAAAUUUAUUGAAGAACGUCGCGAUCUGUUUUUACAACGUUCGCUCUCACGAAAAACGUUGAACAUUGUUUGUGAGUGUCACCGGACAGGUGUACCGAGUGAUUGAGAUAAAACAUUACGUAUUAGCUCGAUGUUAUAAGUGUUUCUCACAGAGUUCUGUGUGUUUAAUCGCCUGUUUGUUGUGAGAUCCUUCCCUACCUCCACUGAUACCGGACGUUGUCGUCGAAGAAAGUGACCUGUUGGAUGAUAUAAUUCAAGUUAUUGGGAAAGAAAUACGCCAAGAGACGAUGACGCUAGUGGCAGCGACGCAACGACCGUACGUGGAGAUCACGGAACAGCCGCACCCGAAGGCACUCCGGUUUCGGUAUGAGUGCGAGGGACGGUCGGCCGGUUCCAUACCCGGCAUUAACAGCACAAACGACCACAAGACCUACCCGGCGAUACAGAUCCACGGAUACCGGGGUCGGGCGGUGGUCGUGGUGUCCUGCGUCACCAAGGGAGAGCCAAAUGAAUCGCCGGAGGAGGCAAAAUACAAACCCCAUCCGCACAAUCUGGUAGGAAAGGAGGGCUGCAAGAAGGGUGUGUGCACGGUUGAGAUCAAUUGUAACACCAUGGCGUACCAGUUCAACAACCUGGGCAUUCAGUGCGUCAAGAAGAAGGACGUCGAGGAGGCGCUACGCUUGCGCCACGAAAUCAGGGUCGAUCCGUUCAGAACUGGAUUCGCUCACGCCAAGGAACCAGGCUCCAUCGAUCUGAACGCUGUUCGGCUGUGCUUCCAGGUGUUUCUAGAGGGUCCGACAAAGGGUCGCUUCACCGAACCACUGACGCCGGUCGUUUCGGACAUCAUCUACGACAAGAAGGCCAUGUCGGACCUGAUCAUUUGCCGCCUCAGCGACUGCUCGGCGCCCGUCUCCGGUGGCAAGGAGAUCAUUCUGCUCUGCGAGAAAGUCGUCAAGGAGGACAUCAGGGUGCGCUUCUUCGAGAAGAAGGGAAACAUCACGGUGUGGCAGGGUUAUGGCGAGUUUACGCACACCGACGUGCACAAGCAGGUGGCCAUCAGCUUCCGGACGCCGCCGUACAGAGCGAUGGAUGUCACCGAUCCAGUGAAGGUGUACGUGCAGUUGGAACGCCCGUCGGACAACGCGCAAUCGGAUGCACGCGAUUUCCUGUUCACACCGCUGGACUCAGAAUUGCGGCGGAAACAGCCGAAGCUCGGUUCCUCGGCAUUCAUGCAGGUUCCUCGGACGCAACAGCAGGUUCACAAGAUACCGAACCCUGCUUCCAUUCCAAACCUGUCGCAGCUUGACGCUUCCGGUGGUCCCGCUACCGGAAGUGGUUUACCCCGAGGACUUUAUAACUACGGCAACAACAAUCCAUUCCAGCAAAUGCCAAAAGAAGAAAUCAAAAACGAACCUGGAGAUUCUCCAAGUCAUGUACCGUCUAACCAAUACCAACUCCAACCGGGACAAGGACUGCUCAAUCCACAACGAAUUUCACCGGCCCUGGACCGAUCCCCGUCAACGAUGACACCGUCCCCGGGAAUUGCCGGUUCCAUGUCUCCGCAUGACCAGGGCAGUAUAACACCCACGCCACCUUACAACAACAUGUCAAACGCGCCAAUGAAUCCCUUCGCUAACUUUGGAAACUUUGGAACUACCCUUGUGACGAAUCAACCCCAGCAACAGCAACAGCAGCAGCAACAUUUACCACCGCAAACCAUUGCCCCCAUAUUCGACACGAACCUUCCGGGGCCCUCGAAUGGCUGGGUGCAACCAAUACCCACCACCAGCGGCAACGGUCUUAACCCACCUCAGUCUUUCAACCUCGGGAACUUUGGUUCGAUUUCGUUUUCGAGCGAUCCAAUGCUGGGUAUAGGAUCACUCAUCUCCAGCAACAAUCAAAUGAACGUGGGACCUCCGUCGAUGGGAUCGGACCUCAUGAACCUUGAUUUGGGAAAUUUACCUUCCAACUUCAACUCAGCCGAACUCCGGUCCGUGCUAGAUGGCCUUUCCACCACCGAAAUGAACCGUCUCGAGCAGAUAGCGGGCCAGGUGGCCAACAACCAAGCGACCGGAAGCGCUCAGCAACAAUCGUCCACCAGCCAACAGCAAGCACUGAAAGCUUUCCUUGCUACCCAGCAGCAACAACCUCCACUCCCCGGCGCCCUGGAACCAUUGCCGGAUCGACACGACAACGACGAAGACCUUACGGAUAGCUUUAAGAACCUUAGCACUAACGAUUUGAACUAAAUGCAAACUCCGUCGGGACGCGACUCAACGGCGUACAACCUCGUACCAUAAGCUUUUUUUCCGCCCCCGCUCCCUUCCCCCCGUCCGAUGCUCAUAAAAUGACCCAGCGCUGUGUUGACGACAUUGUCUAAUCGAUUGUUAAGUUUUUAGACGUUUAAGCGACUAUUGGCAUGUGAAAUGUUUCGAGAUUUUGUUGUAAAUAAAUGCUUAGG